UCAAUAGGGUCAUUUAUUCAGCCGCCAUAUUAAUUUUUUCUACAACUUAUAAAUUAUACUAGUAAUGCACAUUAGAUCAAUGCCUUCAGAAACCUAGUGUUACCUAGAGAAAAAAAUGAAGAUGAAUAGUAGAGAAGCAUUUUUUGUUGUGUUUGCAUUUGUAUUUUUGGGAUGGGGGAAUGCACAAGAUGAUACUGUUGUUCCGGCAAUCGUGACGUUUGGUGACUCUGCUGUGGAUGUGGGGAACAAUGACUAUCUUUUCACUCUUUUCAAAGCUAACUAUCCUCCUUAUGGAAGAGACUUUGUUAGCCAUAAACCCACUGGGAGGUUUUGCAAUGGCAAAUUAGCUACUGAUAUUACUGCUGAAACAUUGGGUUUUAAGAGUUAUGCACCAGCAUACCUUAGUCCUCAAGCAACAGGAAAAAACCUUCUUAUUGGAGCAAAUUUUGCUUCAGCUGCAUCUGGUUAUGAUGAAAAGGCUGCUAUCUUGAAUCACGCAAUUCCAUUGUCGCAACAGUUAAAAUAUUACAAGGAAUACCAAAGUAAGCUUUCCAAGAUAGCUGGAAGUAAAAAGGCAGCUUCAAUUAUUAAAGGUGCAUUGUACCUACUGAGUGGUGGAAGUAGUGACUUUAUCCAAAACUAUUAUGUCAAUCCUUUAAUCAACAAAGUUGUCACUCCUGAUCAAUAUUCUGCAUACCUUGUGGAUACAUACUCAAGUUUUGUUAAGGACUUGUAUAAAUUGGGAGCUAGAAAAAUUGGAGUGACUUCACUACCACCAUUAGGGUGUCUACCUGCUACAAGGACUUUAUUUGGAUUCCAUGAGAAAGGCUGUGUCACCAGAAUCAACAAUGAUGCACAAGGAUUUAACAAGAAAAUCAACUCGGCCACCGUGAAACUCCAAAAGCAACUUCCUGGUCUUAAGAUUGUUGUCUUUAAUAUUUACAAACCUCUCUAUGAACUUGUUCAAUCCCCUUCAAAAUUUGGUUUUGCGGAGGCAAGGAAAGGCUGUUGUGGAACUGGGAUUGUGGAGACGACAUCCUUAUUGUGCAAUCAAAAGUCACUAGGAACUUGUUCUAAUGCAACUCAGUAUGUGUUUUGGGACAGUGUCCAUCCUUCAGAAGCUGCUAACCAAAUUCUGGCCGAUGCAUUGAUUGUACAAGGCAUAAGCCUUAUCGGUUAAGGAUUCAUGUGGUGAAUGUGAUGCAAAAGUUUGUUAUUUCUCUAGUGUUGAGAAACCUGCAUUCUAUUAAAUAAAAUUUUAGAAAUUUCCUAGUGACUUGUUUAAGUACAUUGGUUAAUUUGGAAGGGAAUUAUGUAAUUCAGUUUACACUCCAUGUUUAUUUUCUUUUAUAUAUCUCCAAUUUGUUAAUGAAAACCAUAUUUCCUUAGUGAAAUUAA